AUGAUAAGAUGGAUUCGUGAAGAAAUUCCGGUGGUGAAUCUCAAAUUUCAGAAAGCGGUUAUCAAAUUCAUCUCUGUAGUUGUUGGUGUGCGUAGCAAUAUCCGUGUGAUUCAUGGCUUCUUAGAUGAGAUCAGUUUUAAUAUGGAGAUGAAGUAG